ACUCCGACAAACGUGCGACAUUCCCGCACAGGCGACCACCCGCAAACUGCACCGCAGGCGCAAUCGGGGCGCCCCGCCGCUGCACGACCCGGCAAACAUGCUCAUUUUCCACCGAAUUCCCAAGCAUACCCCCCUCAUCCAAGAGUAUUCCAACAUUAACUCAUAUUUUGCUUGCAGGGAGAGUCACAUAGCUCGCUACGCCACUGCGUCCGCGCUCCUCGGCAGACGACGCUGCUCUUUCUGGGUCGAAUCGAGGCUCCAAUGUGCGAAGCGGGUGUUUGGAAUGUGUCCGUCGGUGGUUUGUUUUGAAUGUCAAAAGGCUCGAGCUAGCUGUGCGUCUGAAUAUUGUUGAUAGCCGCUCGGCUUAGCAGGCUAGCUGGCUAGGCUAACCACAUCCAGCCCAGAUGCAUCAAAAUGCUGAAAAUAGAGUUGUCAUGGAUGAUGAAGACGGCAGGUGCCUUCUAGAUGUAAUUUGUGACCCAGAAGCUCUCAAUGACUUUCUUCAUGGAUCUGAGACCCAUGGCCAUGUUCCAGAGGUCCAGCCUGCUGUCCAGCUGUCGGCCAGUGAGCCAGCAGGCCUGCCCAGAGUCAGUGUUGACCUUGACUUCCUGGAGGAUGAAGACAUCUUGGGAGGGUCCCCAGGUGGCGAGGGUGGGAGCAACGGCAUUGGGGCGAAUCACGAGCCAUGUGACAUCCUGCAACAGAGCUUGGCUGAAGCCAACAUCACAGAGCAAAGCCUACAGGAGGCAGAGGCUGAGCUGGACCUGGACUCCUUUGGAAUUCCAGGCCUUACACAGGUGGUUCAGACACUGCCUGAUGCCAGCCUCUCUGGGGCUGGAGGCACUGCUGUUGGUGUAGGCAUAGGUGUUGGCGUUGGGGGAGCAGCGACAAUUUUCCCUGGGUCAGCCCCAAGCACCACUGCUACGCCCCCCAAUGCCACAGCUGACAUGCUGGGGUCAGUGCUUGCUCAGCAGGGCCUUCAGCUUCAAUCCCAGGUCAUGAACAAGGCCAUUAGCGUUCAGCCAUUUAUGCAGCCUGUGGGCCUGGGAAAUGUGACGCUUCAACCCAUUUCAAGUCUCCAAGGUCUUCCCAAUGGGAGUCAGUCUGGACAUUUGGGUAUUGGACAGAUUCAGGUUGUGGGUCAGCCCACAGUCAUGACUAUCAAUCAGUCUGGGCAACCAAUCUUGGCUAAAGCCAUGGGAGGUUACCAGCUGCAACAGCCUGGGCCAGAUGUAUCAGGUGCUGGUUCUCAGGCGGGGCUUGGAGGCUCCGGAGGUGGACUACUGAUCCAAGGUAAUAAAGCCACUUUGGGAUCUCCGGCUUUAAAUGGACCAGCUGUUUGUGUCAGCAGCACAAACAGCAUCAGUGGUAGUACAAUGACUGCUCCUGCUGGGCUUGUGGGCUUUGGCAGCAACCCUCUGAGUUCAGGAAUUGGACCUCAGACGCAGACUCAAGGCCAAAUCAUGCAGAACGUGAUCAUCCAACGCACACCAACACCCAUUCAGCCUAAACCCCCCCAUGGGGGAGCCAUCCAACCGAAACUGUUUAAACAGCAGCAGUCACAGCCAACACCCCAACCCCUGCAAAACGAUGCCCACAAGGCUUUAGGGCUGCAGCAACUUCCAGUUUCUGCUUCUCAGAAUGUAGCCUUCCUGACAGGAAAGCCAGGCUCGAACGUUGUCCUAAGUACUCAAGCCACAACACACGGCACCCAGUUUCAACAAACUCUGUUCAAGCAACAAGCAGCACAACAAUCUGGCAAGCCCCUCAGUGUACACUUGUUAAACCAAUCAGGCAGCAUCGUUCUUCCCCAUCAAACAGUCCUACAAGGUCAGAACCACCAGUUUCUCCUGCCACAGCUACAGGCAGGUGGGCAGAUCCUGACCCAGCACCCUGGGGGCCACAUCAUAACUAGCCAGGGUCCUGGUGGGCAGCUCAUUGCUAACCAGAUAUUAACAAACCAGAACAUCAACCUUGGUCAGGUGUUGACUUCACAGGGCCACCCUGGGGCUGCCCAUAUCCUCUCUGGACCCAUUCAGCUCCAGCCUGGCCAGAUGGGCACACCCACCCUCUUUCAGAUGCCUGUCUCAUUGGCUCAGACUCAAAGCCAGACACAGACCCAUACAGUCUCAGGUCAUGCCCAAACAGUCAUACAGGGCAUGCCCAUCCAGAAUUCCCUGACCAUGCUGAGUCAAGUGGAGAGUCUGAGUCCGGCAGUCACCCUUCAGCCUGCCCUGCAACCUCAGCCAGGCGGAGUCCCUAACAGCAGUAGCACAGGAGCAGCAACCAUGGGUCAAGGCCAAUCUGGAGAGUGUGUUACUGUUCUGGGCAGCUCCACAGACCAGGCUGCUCAUCCCACCCAACAGCAUGUGCCGCAGUCCUCUAUUCUCACCAUGCAACCCGGUUCUUCUGUGUCCGUGGCUAUCACAGUACCCUCCUCUUCUCCAUCCAUGUCUGUGUCCACAUCUUCCCCUGUCACAGCAGUGGGGCUGGUCCCCCAUCAGUCUCAGCACAGUCCAGGAAGGUUACUGCUCACCAACCAGGGCUCCAGCAUGAUCUUGAGCCAGGAGUCUCUGCAGAUGUUCCUGCAACAGGUACCCUCCAGUGGACAUCAGCAGCCCCUGAAGAUCCAGAGCAUGUCCCCCUCAACAGCCAUGACCACUCACAACACAGUGGCAGACAGCCCUCAGCCCUCCCAGUCUCCCCUCACUCUGAGCCAGCAGAUCCAGUCACCUCUUCAUCAGCAGCAGCAGUCACGUCCUCCCUCUCAGCCUCAGCCACAGUCUCAAACUCCCUCCCGCUCCUGCACACCCUCGUCUCACCCUCCACUCUUUAUAGUCCACAACCAGAUUACAGAAUCUCCCCAACCUGUUUCGCAAGGCCAGCUGCAGCAGACACAGCUUCAGCAGGCACACAUUCAAGUUCAUCUUCAGGCUCAGCCGCGGCCAGCCUCUCAGCCUGCCCCCUAUCAACAAGAUAUGCCUCCUAUGUCACAGUCACCCAAGCCUCCUUCUGCACCAACUGCACAGCACCAGUUCACUGCAGCUCCUGUCAGCACUUCUGCCGCUGCUGUCCUGAAAGCCCAGGUUCCCAUCCCUGGUCUGACAGCAGAGCAGCAGCACCACCUGCAACUAGUAGGAGCGCAAAUUCAGACCCUGUCAGGCAUUGCCCAGCCGUCACCUCAGCAGAAACAGUUGCUGGAUAAGCUGCACCAGGUCCAGCAGAACAUCCUGUUGCAGGCCGCGCAGCCCCCUCAGUCUCAAGUCACAAGUCAGUUCACUUCCCAGGAAGAUGUGCCUGUCGAUAAAGUUGUGAUUACAUCAACAACCAGCACUGGUACACCUGCUCAACUUCCCUCUGUGCUGCAGCCGACACCAGUGCUUGUCAAAACUCCUGCUACAGCAUCAAGUGACUUACAGGUAUUCUCAGGAGCCCAAGGGCCAGCUGGAGCAAUGGUGAAUCAGACUGUCACUCCUGCAAGCCUUACCCAGCCUGCACAGGUUCAGCCAAAGCCAGGAGUGAUCAGCUCAGUUGGAGGGAUGACCCUGGGGAAAGGUGGGAUGCAGAUACAGGUGUUAGGAGCUAGUCUGACUCAAAUGCCUGCUCCACAGCCCCCAGCUCCCGCACAACCUCAGACAACAAUGAAGAUGCCUUUCAGCGCAGAGCCCAGUAAAGAAGCCAGGAUGCUAGAACAGCUGAGGAAACAGCAGGGUUCAGUGCUUCACCCAAACUACAGUGCUCCUUUCUACUCUUUUGAGGACACACUGCACAGACUGCUGCCUUACCAUCUCUACCAGGGAACUGCCAACUCCUCUCAAGACUAUCAAAGAGUGGAUGAUGAAUUUGAGAAAGUCUCCUGUCAGCUGCUGAAAAGGACCCAGGCCAUGCUGGAUAAAUAUCGCCACCUACUCUUUGCGGAGUCAAAAGCGUUUAAACCUGAGCAGAGACUGGGCCCCUCGGCAGAGAUGGUGAUGAUCGACCGGAUGUUCAUUCAGGAGGAGAAGGUCGCGUUGAGUCAGGACAGGAUUCUGGCUAAGGAGAGACCAGAGGAGUUUGUAGCAAAUGCUCGCAUGUUGGAGAGUGUAGUUUCAUCCCAAGAGAAAUCUACUGCUGCUGAGCGCACGUCAGUGAGUGGAGGUGCAACUGCUGCUGCUGCCCCUCCUCCAGCACCUCCUGUUCCUGCUCCAGUCCCUCUUCUAAACAUCACCCCAAACCCUCCUCCUGCACCCACCCUAGCUCCAGCUCCAGCUCCUGCCCCUCCUCCUCCUCCUCCUCCUCCUCCUGCUCCUGCUCCUACCACUACUUCUGUCACCCCUUUCCCUCCUACCAAACUAGUAAUAAAGCAGGGUGGAGGCGGAGCCUCUGUGUCCUGGUCCAGCAGCUGUCAACCACCUCUGGCUGCACCGAGUAAGCUGGUGGCUGAACCCACCAGCCAGAGCUCCUCCUUCAGUCGUGCGCCGGCAGCGUCCUUCUCGUCGUCAUCCUUCAACUCUCGAGCAGCCGACGAUGACGACGCUCUUCCACAGAGAACCAGCAAACCGCCUAUGAAGACCUACGAGGCACGCAGGAGGAUUGGCUUGAAACUGAAGAUCAAGCAGGAUCAAACGGGGUUCAGCAAGGUGGUCCAUAACACUGCCUUAGACCCAGUGCACGCACCUCAGCAGAGCAGCCAGUCCAUAUCCCAGUCUCAGCCUCAGUCUGCAGCUGCUGUACCACAUCCAAAGUCCCACCCUUUAUCUACUCCCUCUACAACAGUCAUCAGAACUCAGUCCCCUGUAUGCACUGCCUCUUCUGAAUCAUCAGUCACCAUAGCAACCACUCAAUGUAACCCGACACUGAGAGGUAAUUUUCCUCCCAAUGCAGCCCCAUCUUCCUCUACCUCUUUCUCUCGUACUUCAUCAUCCUCCUCCACUCAAAUGAAUGGGACAUUAGAUCAUCACGACAUUGGUGGGGUCAAACACAAUCCUGCCUCCACUGCCAGUCCCUCGCCAACAACCUGCCGCCUCCCCCUUCGAAAAACCUAUCGGGAAAACAUUAGUCCCCGUGUGAGACCUGGUGUCCCAGGGGGAGGAGAUGAAAGUUUGUCCUACCCCAGACCCACGCCAUCACCCCCCAGGCACGAGGCCUCAUCCCCUCCCUCAGAGCGGACAGUGAUAGCCAGUGUGAAGGUGGAGAAAAGAGGCAGGGAGGCCUCGCACACUCACAUAGAGUCAAGCCUCGAAAGGGGCCGUUUAGGGAGUGCAAUGCAGGGGCUUAAUGAAGUGGAUGAGGUGUUUAACCGUGGUAUGAAAACCACACAGCACCAUCAUCUUCCACAGCUCCUAGACAAGGAAGGGGCAAAGGAGAGAGCAGAGGAGCACGCAGACCAAGAGACAGAUGUAAGUAAAUACAAGAGGGUGGGUGGGAAAAAUAGACAUAGGGUUGGUGGGACAUUCAGAAUGGACCAGCAUGCCCCUGGGCCACCCUCUCCAGAGUCCUUCACACGAGACUCUUUACUUCCUGCCAAACGUUGCAAAUCAGACUCCCCUGACAUGGAUAACGCCAGCUUCUCCAGUGGCAGCCCCCCGGAUGACUCUCUGAACGAGCACCUGCAGUGCGCCAUCGACAGCAUCCUGAACUUGCAGCAGGAGCCCUCUGCCCGUGGGCGCCACAUUAAAGGUAACAGCAGGCACCACCAACACCAAAGCCAGCGCCCAGGGAGCUCGGCAGCUUCGUCCCACAGACCCUCAGUCCAGCCCCCCUCCUCUGCUUCUUCGUCCCCCUCCUUGGCCCAGCACCCUCAGGUCGGUGGCCGUGGCCACAACGGCAACCUGGUGCCCCAGACUCAAAGUAGAUAACAGCCCUUCAGCCCCAGGCCAGACUGAUAAGUGGGAACUAAGAGACAGAUUUUUGGAGGCAGAUGAAGGGGGUCACUGUGAAAACAGUAUCACUGUACUACUCUGCCAAGCUGUGUUGGUUUUGUUUGUCCAUUUGAAUUGUCCAGACAUUUCUCUGUCACUUACAGCCUGAGGCAGACCCAUGAUGAGUGUGGUCUAAGGUAAAACGGUCUCUGUGAGCUGCAGACUUGACAACGCCUGUCGCUUUGUAUGUAUUCUGUCAGUCAAGCUAGAUAAACGAAAUGAAAUUGUCCCACGGUUGCUGUUCUCUGUUCAUACAUUCCUUUCAUGUGGCCUGAGCACCGGUCCACAACAGUUUAUCUCCUGAUUCAAACAGUUUCCCAACCAGGCAACCUGAUUCAACGGUUCUAAAGUCAACAAAGGCCUUUAAAUUGGUUUCCUGCAGCUGAGAUGCAAACGAAUACAACCAGGUCCAUGCUGUAAUAGGUCAAAAUACAUAGUUUGUUCUUUAACCAACCACAUUUAAUGCUCUUAUCACGAAGGUAAUUUGGCUCCACUGAUGCUAAAAUCAAAUGUUCCUUUUCUUCAAGCCUCAUCCUCCAUUAUACAUGUAUUUCAUAUAGACAUCAGGUGAAUUUUACAUUAAAUCUUGUUAAGGAAAUCAUUUGGAGAAUUGUGACGCUGUUUUUCCUGUUGACUGCUCGUGGGUACUGUGUCAAGAUGUAAAUGAACACAUAAGGAAAUUCAGUUCAGUCUCUGCAUUUUUAUGUCAGACAGUUUUCCAGGUUCAUGUUUUUAGAUGACGCCUUCACACCCACCUGCCCCCUCCCUGUUACUCACAGGUUUAGGACUUUAUGCAUUUUAGUCAGCAGGGGGCAGGCCGGUUUUAACUGUCGAUUUUCUGUGUUAUCAAGUCUGUUUGUUUCAUAUUUCUGCAACUUUAUCCCUGCCUCCCGUGUGUGUGUGUUUGUUUUUUUUAAGCCUGUUGGACAAUUCAAACAUAAACACAGCACAAGCAUUGAAAUGGAAAAAAGGAACAAUAAUAUUGUACAAAAAAGACAGUGAGAGAAUUUGAAGUAUAGUAUUACAGAUUAAUUUUGUAUUGUAUUUAUUGUGUAUAUUGACACUUUUUAAAAAGAAAUGUACAUUUAGUAAAACUGUAAA